ACCGUGUCGAAAGAAACAACCCCUCAAAGCUUCACGACCACGGCGCCAACACAUUCUCCGAUCGACUCCCUCGCGGAGGACGACUAUUACAGCGCGCCCCCGCCGCACUCUCCAUCCGAAGCAUCUGCUAGCUCCUCCGUCGGUCCGCCACCCUUCUCCUCACUUGACUUUGCCUUUGACACCACUCGGCCUAAAGUUACCGAGUCUGAUCCCACUUCACUUCCGGCUUUUGCGCCACCCCCGCCUAUCGAGGAGUCCAUUGAACCGGCUCCUUCGUCCUCGGUUGUCGCAGAUACAAAGGCGAGCUUCUCGGAUCCCAAGGGGGACGGACUUGGGAAAGGCUCCGACGACGAACCACCGCCACCUUACACAGAAGGCUACAGUCCGCUUGAAUCUUUUACCUACGUGAUGGCUGCAGCUGGAGGUGCUUCGAGUAUCAUUACUCAGGUCCAGCAGACUGGUGGACCACCAAUUAAUACACUAGGCGAUAUUGGAGGCGAUGAGCAUAUCACUCUUGAUCUGCGGGGAACACGAUUCACGUUGUCCCGCGAUGAAUUGUUGACAUUGCCAGAAUUUGUCCUCCUUUCUUUGUUCCCAAAUGGUCUUCUUCCAGACGGACAUAUGGGUGGCUUCCAUGAAGGAGACAUUUAUCCGGUUGAUUACGACCCUGCAUCUCUUCAGUAUAUGCUUGAUUUCUUCCGGUCUGUUGCCCAGUCCAUCCCAUCCUCGCUUCCUUCGGGAUCAACUUCCCCGGAAUUGGAUGUACCAGAUGUAAUGCAGAAUUCCGCUCGGGACAUGCUUCAAGAUCGUGCUGGAAUUAUCGUUCUCCGCGAGGAUCUCGAUUUCUACGCGAUACCCCCGCAACGUGACAUCGGAGUGGACGAAAUGCUCGAGGUCAAGCGGGCAGCAGGUCGAGCCUUGUUGAAACAGGAUGGCAUCUUUUCUGGUUUACGCAAGAGUGAAGAAGUCGGAUCUACAGAGCAACAUCUAAUCGAAAUGCUGACUGCAGGUGGCUUCGACCGGGAUGAUCAGUGGGGCCAUCGAGCUCCAGAGCCCAACAAAGCGGUUAUCUGCAGUCUGGCAUUGGCUAAGCUUCGUACUGAUAUUCGAGGCGAUAUAUCUAAUAACAAUGCUGUGGGUAUGGCCCAAAAGCUCUUGCUAUUCUGGAGAAAACCCGCUCGGAGAUGCUGGUGGGAAGGUGUAGAGCUUGAUGAUGUUGAAGGCGUCGAGGGAAAAGUUAAGGUGUGGAUUCGACGUGUCUGGACCCUGGAAAUGGUAAUUUGA